GAAAAGUUUGUUCACUCGCCCCGCCUCUCGUCUCCUUCCCUCCCUCCCUUCCGCCACCCGGCUCGCCGCCACCGCCGCCGCCGCCGCCGCCGCCAUCGGCGUCGCGCCUUCGAGCCUCAAGGUUCGGCCACCGUACCCAUUCCUCUCCUCUCCUCUCCUCUCCUCUCCUCAGCCACCCACGCCGUCGCUCGCUCCCCGCAACACGUCCUCGGCGGCUAAGCUCGUUGGCAAACCGCUCGCGCCUCUGAACGAUGCCAGAUCAAGUGGAAGUUGGAAGCAUAAUUGAAGAGCAUGGAGAGAAGAAAGGUAAGUCAAAGAGACGUGACAGGAAAAAACAGAAGGAUAACAAGUUAAGGGAUGAAGGAAAUCAAUUACUGGAAACGAACAGUGCACCUGACAGAAGCGAGGUUGAUCAUACUUCUGUGGUGGAUGACCAAUCUCAAGGAAUCAGUAGCACGUCUGAAAAGGCUAACCAGAGGAAGAGGAAGAAAAGGAAUAAAAAUUUGUCAGAAGAAGGUGAUCAGCCAUUGAGAAAGAAUGAUGAAACUGAUCAGGAGGAGGUUAAUCAUAUCUCGUCGGGGAACAAGGAUACUUCUGAAGUAAUGAAGAGUAAGGGUGAGAAUGGUGAUGGGGUUGUGGAGGAUGAUUUGAAUGAGCCAACCAUGGGGGAAAAGCUUGAAAAAUUAAAUUUGGUAGAUGGUGGAAUAAACAUAAGCCACGAAAAACAAGACCCCUCCCCUCUUGCCCAGCCUCGCGCUGACUCUGUUAAUGUUUUGCUCAAGCAAGCAUUGCAUGCUGAUGAUCGCGCCCUCCUAUUAGAUUGCUUAUAUACACAAGACGAAAAGGUUAUAGCUAAUUCAAUCUCUCUUUUAAACCCAUCUGAUGUUCUUAAGCUUCUGCAAUUCCUCAUAUCCAUAGUUGAGUCGAGGGGCGCUGUGCUUGUAUGUGCUCUUCCAUGGCUGAGAAGACUACUACUUCAGCACUCUAGCGGAAUAAUGUCACAGGAAGCUUCGCUGGUUGCGUUGAAUUCUCUGUAUCAGCUCAUUGAAUCGAGAGUGUCAACCUUCCGGCCAGCUCUUCAACUAUCUGUCUCUUUGGACGUACUUUACGCAGGAGUAAUCGAUGAGAAAGAGGAGGAAGAUGCUCCAGUGAAACCAGUGAUUUAUGAAGACCAUGACAGUGAAGAAGAGGAAUCGGAAGAUGCAAUAAUGGACAUCGACCAUCAUAGCCCUGAGGAGGAAACAUCUGACAUAGUGUUCGAAGGAGAUAGUGAUGCCGAUGAAAUAAGCGACUAAGUUGGCUGACAAGUCAUAAGAAAGAGGUCCAUAGGUAUACAUUAGAAGAAGUGUAUAUGCCAUCUAUGGAAUUUGAUACUGGUCAAAGCAAAGUGCAGUUGCCACAAGAAUGCGUCUCUUCUUUCGGACCCAGGUGGUUAUGUCAUAGGAGACGCUAUUCUAACAUGGAUCUAGACUUAGUGAAAAUGCUGGAGAACUCGGGCUAUUACUAGAAUACUGCAGACAUUAGCUCAGCAUGUCCAGUGACUUAUUCGUUCAAGUUUUGUUCUGAUCUCAUUUUUGUCGUCCUUUUGCGAUGUGCACUUAACAGGACUACUACUCUAUACCAAGAAAUGCUCAGAGAUAGCUGUUUUUUCCUCA